GGGCGUGCCGUGUAGUGUCGCUGUGGGAAGCGCUGUGAUCGGUGGAGCUCGGAGUGGGAUUCCGGGGGGAGCCGAUGUCGAUCGGUGACAACUGUGGAGUCAGAGGUGACCUGUUGGUAUUGUAGAAUCUUUUGGAUCUCGUGCUCCGGGAUUGAAGAGUGCCUGUUCUGCGUUUACAGCUGUCAUUUUUCUGGGCCAAGACAACUUUGUGUGGCCCGUUCAGCUGUUGUAUAUUUUGGGUCUGAUUGCUGGAACAGUUUUUGUGUGGAUUAUGUGACUACUGGUGCCUAAACCUACAAAGGGAUCCUGAGGAAGAAGCCAUAAGACGAGAAUCACUUGGCUUAAUCAUUGCUGCUUACCUGCCUGGCUUGAAUAUAGAAAGCAUUAGCCAAAUCAUCUCCUUGCUGCCUGCUGACACUGGUACCUUCUGAAAUGAUCUGCCUUUUCCACUGACAUGAAUGUGAGCAGAAGUGGCUGUUCCGUGAAUUCUACUGCCCAAAACAUUUUCCAUACCAAGCCCCAAUGAUGGUUCUGCACUCUGGCAUUACAAAGAACUGUGACACAUUUUUGCUCAAUGUGGAUAUUUAUGUCUGUAUUAGAGCAUGACAAGCUACAGAUCCUAUCAAAAUGAUGGAGUGGAGUCCGGGGGCACAUCCAUGAAAGCGAAUGAUAUUGGUCGGGGAUCGGACUAUUAUACCCAAGGCUACUGGGGACAGAACAACAAUGGCAUGCAACAUGGUGCAGAGGUAUCCAGGUUCAGCUCCAUCACCCCAGCAAUGCCAAAAAUGGGGGUACGAGCCAGGAUCGCCGACUGGCCUCCCAAAAAGGAUACCCAGAAAGAGACAAUGACUCCUAGCCCAUCAAGGGAAAUGGAAGGGUCAAAGGAUUUCCACCAGCAAAGGAGUUAUCCAAACGGACAAUAUUUUCAAAGUAAUGGGGGUUCCCCGAGAUUUAGGGCUCUUCACAGGUUGCCAAGAAAGAGGUCCAAAGAUGUCGAGUUCCAAGAUGGUUGGCCCCUAUCGCCAGGCAGGACAUUUAUUACUCUUCGGAACCGAAGCAACAGUGAGACAACACUCAGCGAGUGUGAUGUGGAUAUUUCUAUGGAGCCCAGGGGGUCAAAAUUCAGCAAUGGCAUGCCACUGUUCAGAGAGUAUGGCAGCACCUCUUCCAUCAAUGUGCAAGGAGUGUCUGAACAGAGCUUGUUUGAUAUGCUUAAAGAUCUCAGAAAUGAAAAGCAUGACAAAGGCAACGAGUCACCUAGCCGAAGUAGUAGUCAUCUCCAUGAUGACUCCAGCACCGCUUCUAAUCUACACUUAUUAGGGAGCUCCAGAACAGACCUCCGCAAUGGACAGUUUCAGAGAGAUGAUGGUACCCUAAAGGACAAACAAAAAAAGCGAAACCCCAAGGGGGAUUCCAGUGACUCGUCUAUAUUUCGCAAGCUGAGAAGCAACAAGAGUGAAAACGAGCCUGGAAAGUCCUUCAUGGAGCCAGACGAAAGCGCGAAGCACUGGAUGUGCCCAAAGACACUUGGCCACUAUGAUGUACAGAGCAUGCUGUUUGACCUUAUUGAAGUGGCGGCCAACCGGAACUACGUUGCCCAAAGACGCAACACUACAACGGGGGCCUCUGCUGCAUCAGCGGUUUCCCUAGCAGUGUCUAAAGCCUUUGGUCUGGGCAACAUGGACCCCAAGUUCACCAGCACGGAAGACCUAAACUUUAAGGAGAACCUGGAGCAUGACCUGGGAGACAACAACAGCAAUGACCUCCUCCUCAGCUGUCCACAUUUUCGUAACGAGACGGGAGGAAUGUCUGAACGUAAUGUGAGCUUCUCAAGAGCAUCAGCAGGUUCCCCAAAUGGAAGUGAAGGAGGCUUUCUGGAGCCAUCCCUUUCUAUGUACUGUACCAAUGCCAGCAUAUCGGUCUUGGAAGUCUCCAAGGAAAUACAGAAGACCCAAGGGAGGUUAAAACCGUAUAGCAUUGAGCAUGUAGAUUUAGGGGCUCGGUAUUAUCAAGAAUAUUUCCACAAUAAAGAACACUGUAAUUAUUUUGGAGUAGACGAGAAGCUGGGUCCUGUCGCUGUGAGUCUGAAAAGAGACAAACUGGAAGACAGCAAGGAUCACGGACCACAAUUCCAGUACAGGAUCAUCUUCAGAACCAGUGAGUUGGUAACACUGAGAGGAAUGAUCAACGAAGAUGCUGUGCCAACCGCAGCUAAACAUGGCAGUGUCCGCGGUCUGCCUCUGAAGGAUGUCUUGGAAUCCGUCAUUCCUGAGCUUAGUAUACAAGGUCUUCGCUUGGCCAUGAAUUCUUCCAAAGUGACCGAGCAGCUUCUGAAACUGGAUGAACAGGGGCUCUGCACGAAACACAAGGUGGGCAUCCUGUACUGCAAAGCUGGCCAGAGCUCAGAGGAGGAGAUGUACAACAAUGAAAGCGCUGGACCAGCCUUUGAGGAAUUCCUGACCUUGUUGGGGGAGAAGGUCUGUCUGAGAGGCUUCCAGAAGUAUGCUGCCCAGCUGGACACCAAAACGGAUUCCACAGGAUCGCACUCGUUGUAUACCAACUACCAGGACUAUGAAAUCAUGUUCCACGUGUCUACAAUGCUGCCAUACACCCCAAACAACAGACAGCAGCUUCUUAGGAAAAGACACAUAGGAAAUGACAUUGUGACCAUCAUCUUCCAGGAGCCCGGUGCUCUUCCCUUUACUCCUCAGAAUAUUCGUUCACACUUCCAGCACGUCUUCAUUAUUAUUCGAGCCCAUGAGCCUUGCACUGAAAAUGUCUGCUACAGAGUGGCUGUUACAAGAUCCAAAGAUGUCCCUCCUUUUGGUCCUCCAAUCCCCAAUGGUGUCACGUUUCGGAAAUCUGAUGUGUUUCGUGAUUUUCUUCUGGCCAAAGUGAUUAACGCAGAGAAUGCGGCACACAAGUCAGACAAAUUCCACACAAUGGCUACUCGUACAAGGCAGGAAUAUCUCAAGGACUUGGCUGAGAACUAUGUCACCAAUACGCCCAUCGAUACCACAGGCAAGUUUAACCUAAUCUCCCUGACCUCCAAGAAGAAGGAGAGGAUCAGAGCGCGGGCCGGAGCGGAGCUGAACAGUACUGGUGCCCUGUGCUGGCGGGUCAUGGCUCAAGACUUCUCCCAGGCAGCGGAAACAGAGUGCAUUUUAGGCAUCUCAAAUGAGUUCAUGGUCCUGAUAGAGACUGUGACAAAGGAAGUGGUGUUUAACUGUUACUGCGCUGAUGUAAUUGGCUGGACACCGGAUCCACUGUCCCUCAAGAUCUUUUAUGGUCGCGGUGAUCAUAUCCUUGUAAGGACACUGGAUAGUAUCGGAGAAGAUAUCCGGGAGAUUGUUCAAAGGUUAAAGAUCAUGACCACGGGCUGUGAAACAGUAGACAUGACCCUGCGCCGUAAUGGACUUGGCCAGCUUGGCUUCCAUGUCAAGUAUGAUGGCACAGUAGCGGAGGUUGAGGAUUAUGGAUUUGCUUGGCAAGCUGGCUUGCGCCAGGGCAGUCGACUGGUCGAGAUAUGCAAGGUGGCCGUGGUGACGCUGACCCAUGAUCAGAUGAUCGAUCUUCUCCGGACUUCAGUCACAGUGAAAGUAGUAAUCAUACCUCCUCAUGAAGAUGGGGUGCCACGAAGGGGAUGGUCCGAGUCCCAGGAACUCAGCUCAAUGGACCACAAGGACACUGAAGGUGGUGCCACCGGUCCCCGGCCUCCAUUCCGCAGCAGCACAACCUGGCAGUGGAGCGGCUCUGCUACCCACCAGGGGGCCAGCCCUUCUCAGAAGUGGGUAACUCCCAGCUAUGCACUUUCACUGAACCGGACACCCAAACAGGUUCCAGCCGUGCCUAUACGAGAGCCACAGCCACUUCACAACAACAGAAGGCCGUUGAGCUAUCCAGAGACUCCUUAUAUCGCCACAUCCCCGACAGCCAUAGAUAAAGGACAGCCUUACAGACACCCCUCUGGGAGCUUCUCAACACCCACCUCCUCCGGGGGAGGGUACGGCCGCUACAAGCCGACUCCGGACAGGUUUAGCACACCACAACGUUCUAUACUACAGACAGAACCUUACAGUAUCCAAGAUGGCGUGUCCAGCCAAGAGAUAAACUCCGACCGGCAAAAACCUGAGCCUCUCUGGCACAUCCCAUCACAGACCCGAGUGGCAUCCAGUGUGACCAAGCGACCAAACCGACAGGAGCUGGCCGGCAAGAGUUCUCCACAUCGACACUCUAGGGGGGAGACCCAGUACUCCAGUCACUCCAGCAGUAACACCUUGUCCAGCACUGCCUCCAGUAACCAGAGCGAUGAGCGUUGGUUUGACCCUCAGGAGCAGCCUGAAGUAGACCUGGAGCCCCUAUCUAAAGGCACUUCAAACGACAGUGGGAUCGACACCUCCCUGCCUAACUUCCAUCUAAGCCGGCAGCCUCGCCGCGAGAAACUGCCAAAACCCGUGUCGUGUUCUACCUAUCCUGGCAUGCAUGACGGCUCCCGAGAAAAGAGGAAAGAGCAGAUGUCCUCAAGCAAAGGCUAUAGGCCAAAAAUGUACCCUGCAGGGAAUGGAGCCGUAGAAGCUGUAAGCCAGUCAAGAUCCAACGUGUUUCAGACCCCAGACAGUUCUCGGAACCAGCAGAUGUCCCAGUCGAGCUCCUUCCAGCUUUCCAGCUCUGUGCCCAAAUCCUUUUUCUCCCGACAGAAUGUGAGAAAUCAGAUCCCGGCUGGCUGGAAGAAGCCAGAGGAAACGCCACCACAAAGACCAACCACGUUUACUGAUCCCAAAAAACAAGUCGAUGUGAACACAAAGAACGUGUUUGGUCAACCCAGGCUUCGGGCCUCCCUGCGAGAUCUACGAUCACCUCGUAAGAAUUACAAGUCCACCAUUGAGGAUGAUCUGAAAAGGCUGAUUAUUAUGGAUAAUACGGGGCCAGAGCAGGAGCAGGAAUGCACGUCACCACAGAAGACCUUACACAGAACACUAUCAGAUGAGAGCCUGUGCAGUGGUCGUAGAGAUGCCGGAUUUGCCUGCUCUUCAACAAUGGGCAGUGAAGAAAUUUUCGCCAACCCAUACCCAUCCAGUACCCUUCCAGGCCGCCGGCAGCACCAGUCCAGCAUGCCAGAGAAAUCUGCCGCCAUCUCUUCCUCUGAACUCUCACUCUCUGAGAUCCGGGACUCCAGACACAUAGACCCAGGAAUGAUGCCACUGCCAGACACGGCCGCUGGAUUAGAGUGGUCUAGUCUCGUAUGCGCAGCCAAGGCCUUUGAAGUGCAGAGAGCUGCUUCGCUCUUCUCCCUGAACGAAGUUGCCCUGAGUCCAGUACAAAGCGGAGGCACCACACACCUGAGCUUGGAGAGGGUGCACACACCGCGCAGCACCCCCACCUCCGGGGAUGAAUUGCUUCCAGACCUCCCUGGCAAGGUUAUGCAACUGGAAGUAAUGCUGAAACAACUUCACACGGACCUGCAGAAGGAGAAGCUGGACAAAGAGGCUCUGCAGAUGGAGGUGGCCAAUCUCCGACAGAAUAACCAGCGGCUUCAGAUAGAAUCACACUCAGCCAGUGAGCAGCUAAAGAAAUUUGCCAAAAUAAUUACUGGCACGGUGGAGAAAAAGGAUCAUUAGCUCCCUUCUCCUUUUAUUGAGGUGACUGAACCUGCCACGGGGGCCAGAGUGCUGACACAAUGGUACAUAUUGGGCAUUGCAUUCUCCAGAUACAUCGGGGGGCGGCCUUUCCCUUGACAUGUCCUGCAGUGCAUUGUGGGGCUUCAUUUUUUUAUCAUGGAUGCAAGAUUUCACACUUGUCACUUUGUAUCAACAACACAUUUCUUUAUGUACAGAAAAAAAAAACAUUUUUUUUCCUUGCUUUGUAGAUUUGUACAAAUUAAAACCCUGACAGGGGCGAUUAUAUAAGAAAAAAAAUUGUAUUUUUGCCUCAUUGUCUUCACACAAAAAAUAAAAAAACACCUUGCAUCAGGAAUUAUGCAAAAUAGACUCCCGGCAAGGGCAAUGCAAACCUCCUGGAAAAUAAUGUUAUAUAUGAAUAUAUAUAUUUAAUGCUGUAUAGGAAAAUGAUUAUACGCAAGGGGUAAAAAGGUGUCUGAAUGAACAGUUACGUUUCAUACAAAUUUAUUUUAUUAUGACCUCAGUCUAACUGGGUGCGAGAGAUUUCCAUGUAUAUUUUGUUAAUAUGACAUGUAUAUAGUAUUCCAUCUGUUUUGUUAAUGGGGGAAGAACUGACCUUACCUGCAUCUUUGUCGAUUUGCUAGAAAUAUCUUAAAAUUUGUGCAAAUUACAAACUGCAAGUUUACAUUGAAAUUCCUUCUCAGCAUUGUACAUUUCUGUGUAUCGUCAAAGUAAAGAUAUUAUUUAUACUUGAAUUUUGGAAUUUGCAUUUACCGUUGGCUUAUCUGUUGGUGAGAAUAAGGCAAGCAUUAAAGUAUUUUUUUUAAUAUAUAAAAACAAUACAAAAAUGUUGACUGAAAAGGAAACAUUUUCCUCUUCCGGGUUCCCUCAGCUGUGAGUGCUCAUCCACAUUCAGGCUUAAAAACAUAUAAUUCCUUCUUCACCAGCCAUUGUCCUCCAAUCAGGUCUCACCGGAACUGUUUGACAGGCAGAAGCAGCCAUUUUUAAAUCUAAACUGACCGAAUCAGCCAUUUUGAAAAAACAAACAAAAACAAAGCGUGAAGUAGCCAUUUUUGAGUCUUUCCGUCUGCGCAUCUGGAGAAGAUGGACGACGUUUGUUACUGGACCUCAGCUCGCACCAGGCCGUACGCCGUUACUGCUGUGCAAGAUGCAUGAUGGCUUGGAGCUUGUUAAAGAACUUAACUUAUUUUCUAAAUGAGGGCUGCCAGAAACCGAUACUGUAUACUGUUAUAUUUGUAUAAAUGGUUCUACACUUUC